AUGAGCGGCCAGCAAGGCUCACGAUGGGGUUCACUCCUCUCCGGCGCCGUUGCCGGCAUCGAAUCGCGCCUUGAUACCAUUCUUGCGGACGACAGCCAGGCGAGUGCGAAGUCGAGGGCGGCCGAGGCAGCAGCCAAACAGGAAGCGGCCAAGCAGGAAGCGGCCGAGAAGAAGAACCUGCAGAUUGACCAAGGAGUCUCACGGACCUCGUCUACUAGGAGCAGGCCGGGUUCCAGCCUCCAGGAUCGGCUGGCACGAGCUGUAAGCCAGCGUUCGGAAAGUCCAAGAGCUUCUACGGACUCCACUUCACGGCCAGAAAGCCCCGCGGUACGGAGCACGGUGGCGACGGCGGAUCCGGGAAGAGCAAGUAUCGAUUCGAAGCAAUCUGAAGGAACGUCAGUCGCCAAAGAUGAAGCAUCGAAUGCAGAAGAUGACAAGAAGCCUGAAGCAAUCGCACGUGCCUCUAUGGAUUCAACUCCAGUAUCUACGUCGCCAGCGCCUGCCGUAACAGAACAACCGGCGUCUAUUCCGUUACCCGCCAUGUCCAUCCCUUCCAUCGUUACCCCCGAAACCGCCUCACCCCGACCAUCGAUGGACAGCAACCCCUCUCGAUCCUCCAUAGAUGCCUCUACACUUGCAGAGUCCGAGCCUGUCUUAUCCCGGUCUCCCGGGGAUGUCGAAGCAGAACUCGCUGCUUUACAAAAGACACAUGAGGAGAAGCUCCGCGAGCACCGGGAGGAAUUGCAUGCUCACCUCGAGCGCAUCGACUCCCUACAAGCCAAGCUCGCCUACUUGACUGAACAAAUGGCAGCUUCAGCGAAGGCUGCAGCUGCAGACUCAGACGCGACUCCAGUGGACAAGAAGCUGGCCGAAAAGGAUGCCCAGAUUGCGGCGCUCAUGGAAGAAGGCCAAAAGCUCUCUAAAAAGGAAAUGAACCAUCUUACUACUAUUAGGAAGAUGCAUGCAAAGGCCAAGGAGACGGAUAAGCAAGUAGAGGCGAUCAAGCAACGGCUGGCCAAAGCAGAAAAGAUCGCUACGGAGCAGACGGAGAGAGCCAGGCGGGCGGAGGCCGCGGAAAGAGCUGCACAGGAGAAGCUCAAGAUUGUCGGCAAGAUCGAGAAGGAUAUCGAGCUCAUCAAGGCGGAACGGGAAGAGGCCGGGCUUACGAUAAUGGAGCUAAGGAGACAGUUGAGCGACGCGCUUUCCAAAGCCGACGAGGCCGAAAAGAGGGUACAGGCUGGCGCUCUAGAAGCCGAGAAACGGGUCACUGCCUCGCUCAAAGAAGACAUUGAGAACCUGCGGAUAGAAAAGAAGCUCGCGGAAGACCGUGGCAAGCGGGAGCUGCAGGAGGCCAAGGAUGAGGCUACACGACAACGCGAGAAAGCCAAUAAUCUCGAGACCAAACUUGAACUCAUCCGUAGUCGCUCGGAGGAGGUGUCUUCUUCGGCGACCGGUGACUCCCAAGCCAAACUGCUGCGCCAGAUUGAAACCCUACAGACACAAUAUGCACUUGCCUCGGAAAAUUGGCAAGGUAUCGAGGGAACACUGACGUCUCGUGUCGCGGCUCUUGAGAAAGAGCGUGACGAGACGGCGAAGCGGGAAUCGGACAUUAGGCGGAAGGCACGAGAGGUGAAUUCCAAAGCACGAAAACUUGAAGAUGAACUAGAAAGGAUCAAUGAAAGGGCGAGGGCGCUGGAGCAGGAUCUUCUGGAGCAACGGGCCUCGAGCGAGAAGUUGCAAGCCCGCCUAUCGCAAGCGGAAUUGGCAGCUGAAGAGGCACGAGCCGAUCUCGAGAGAGAGAAGAAGGUGAUGGAGGCAGACUUCCAGCAGAAACUGGAAGAGGAGAAGGUGAAAUGGAGGUCAGAAAUCCAGUCUCAAUAUGCACCAUCCGAGAGCAACUAUCUCCGUGCUGCUUCUGCGUCCACCAUAAACCGGAGGAACUCGCCCGAUCCGCUUGGGCUCGGCAGGAGAGGAAUGGUUCGCUCCCCAUCGACGGCAGACGUGCCACUCUCCCCAAUGGACCGCAUGCUCGCCGAAGACCGACGACCUUCAACCGCCCGCUCCAGACCCAGCCCCAAUCUUCGCAGCCCAGACAUCCUGCGCAGUCCAGAGAUAAGUCCUCCGCAGCGGCAAGACUCCAUUCCCACCAACCUAAAUGGCUUCAACGGCUCCAACACCCCCUCCAUCCACGCCUUUGACCACGACGAGGCCUUUGAGAUGGGCACCUCCUCGCCGCAACGCACAAUCAACGACAUGAUUUCGGUCUCGACGGCCGGCGCGGGCCCCUCUGUCCAACUCGUCGAGCGCAUGAGCGCGACCAUCCGGCGCCUGGAAUCCGAACGCGCGACGAACAAGGAAGAGCUGGCGCGGUUGGUGGCGCAGCGCGAUGAGGCGCGCGAGUCGGUCGUGGCGCUCAUGCGGGAGAUUGAGGAGAAGAGGGGCUUGGAGGAAAAGGUGGCGAGGUUGGAGAGGGAGUUGGCGGAGAUGGGUGAGAGGUAUGAGACCACGCUCGAGAUGCUGGGGGAGAAGAGCGAGCGGGUCGAGGAGCUGGAAGGGGAUGUAGCGGACUUGAAGAAGAUUUAUCGGGAUUUGGUGGAGACGAUGAAGUAG